AAGAUUGCAAAGUAUGAAUCAAUGUUGGAGAAAAUAGCACCAGAGCUUUUAGAAAAAGAUACACCGAAAGGACUUUCUUCAAAAUCUCAGAAACGGAAAAGAAAUCAGAAUGAUGAGGGAUCCACCAAACAGACUAUCAUGCGUGAGGAACUAGUAAAGGACAGUUCAGGGCAUAAGAGGUACUUUGGAAGAUCCUCCGUUAGAGGAUUAUUGCAGAGGAUUUCUUUCUAUACUCGCACAUCAAUGACAGAGCUAUUAAGUGAAAAACGCCCACAGUUUUGGGUAGACGAACCAGACCAACCGUGUAACAAACCGAGCACUAGUUAUACGGCCGUUGAUGACACGGAAAUGUUAAAUUUAGUCGAACAUUACUUCAAUUAUGUUAAUGUUACCUUGCCUCUGCUACACAGAGAACGAUUUCUGCAAGACAUUCCUCGUCGCAAGCAUGAGAGGGGCUUUAAUUGUGUUUUAAUGAUUGUAUGCGCUAUCGGCAGUCAAUACCUCAACACAGGCACUGAUCCUCAAACGUUACAUUUUAUGGCAGGUUUGAACUAUUACAAUAACUCUAAAGCAAUGAUGUUAGACGCGACCACAUCUGUAGCCACUUUAGAAGAUAUUCAAGCUUUUAUACUACUUCAAGUGUAUCUGCAAAAAGGGCCUUCCUUGAAAUCUAGCUGGGCAAUCCAUGGGAUGGCAGUGGUACUAGCACAGGAUAUUGGAUUAUGUUUCCAAUGGCGAAAUGAUAAAGUAGAUAGGUACACUUUGGAACAAACGAAAAGAGCUGUUUGGGUGUUAUUCAUACUUGAUGCUAGCACCGCAGCUUUGUUCGGUAGACCACGGAUUUUAGCUGCUGAAGACAUACAAAUUGGUUUACCUUCAGCUGAAGGCUUCGAUGAGUUUACUUAUGGAGCAGAAACAAGGGUGACAUAUCUGAACGAACUGAUCAAACUCUACAAAAUCCUUGGCGAUAUUCUAAGUACUAUAUAUAGUGCAAAAGCUGACCAUUACUUGAGCGUUAACACUGUUGCCACGGUGAAUUCCAAUCUCAAUGAAUGGUACAGAAGGCUACCUGAUGAGCUUCGCGAUGAAGACAAAUUUGACAUUAAACUAGAAGCCUUUCCAGUGGAAUUGCGAGAAGAGAUGAAGAAAAACGAGAAUAAUGAUGAGGAUGAUGAUCUGAAGUAUACGAGGUGGUAUUUGAAGAUUGCAUAUUACAUGACUCAAAUCUACAUUUACAAGACAUUUAUACCCGACACAAGGUCAGAAGAUUUGCAUCAAUUUCGUCAAACCAGUUUGGAAAUAUGUACUAACGCAUCAAAGUCGAUCAUUUCGACCCAAAUGAAGAUGUUUUGCGGGAGGGACAAUGAUGACAGGACAUUCUUUGCUGAUGGUCUCAUAAGCUGGGGUGCCUUCACGAGUACUUUGAUACUCAUAAUCAACUACUGCGAGUGUAAAAAUAAUAACACAGAGAACGAAGAGGACCUGGAUUUCAUAAGUAUGGCUGUACAUCUUCUCAAGGUACGAGAAUCUAGAGAUCUAAUGAGCGGAAGAGCUUUCGAUAUGGUCAGUAACAUAUGUAUGAAAGCUGGUCUACCAAUUAAAAGUACUUCAUCGCCAUUACAAACCGGUAACCUCACGGAAUACGAUCCACAAUUUAUGAAUGACGACCUAAAUGACGCUUUAUUUGGUGUUCAGAAUUUGAAUAGCUUUUUGCCGCUUCCUGAUAGUGCGUUAACAGACGACUGGUCGGGUAUGCUUGGUAGCAUGUUCGAUGCUAACUACUUUAUCUAGUUGCAGUGAGCUUGAAAGACACUUAAGUGUCUGUAGCUGUAACUUAGCCUUCCGCAAAACCCUUCGAUCUCCAAUAACACAUUAUACACAAAAUCCGGCUUAAAUGCCCCUACGUUGCACUUUGUCACCCCAAAAAUUGUGCAAAACGUGAUGUAAACUUUCUUCAAGUGGCCAUAUUCUACUAUUUAGUGUUGUUUAAAUUAAUCAAUUAAUGUAUUAUCGCGAAAAAACUUCCGAAAGUUUGAGACAAUCAAAUGAUACGAUGACUAUGUAGC